AUGCAAACCCUAAUUCAAAAGAACUUCAGCUUCCAUUUUGAUCCUUACAUACCUUCUAAUUUCCUCUCAUCACGCAUAAACCACAACGAAUUUCUCCAAAUUCACCAAAAGGAACGCCGUUAUACUCUCAAAACUCUGAAACUACGCUCCGCCGCAGCUCCUCAAUCGCCGAGCUACGGUGGCUGGGAUGACUUCCAGCUCGGUGGCGACUCGGUCAGCUCCGGUGAGUCAAACCAGUUCUACACUCUUUUGAGCUCCAUUGGAAUCGGUGAUAAGAAGUAUGCAUUUGUUUAUCUGUUUGGGUUUGUUUGUGCCCUGGCCAUUUCUAGAGUUAGGGUUCCCACAAUUAUGCUCUUUCCAGCUAGCGCCAUUGUAUUUGCUCUUGGAUUUGCUGUUGGGUCUGUCAAAGGGGCCAAUUUUAAAGAGUUAAGAUCAAUUGAGAACAGGAAAAAGCUUAUAGAGGAUGAAUUCAGGGGUUUGAUUGAGAAAUUAGGGGACGUGAGGGAUAAUCUGAAGGGGUACAAUGCCGAGUUUUUAAGUUUGAAGAAAGGUGUUGAAAGAAGUAUAGAUCGCAAUCAUGUCACAGUUAAUGAUUUAGAAGGCUAUGUUUACUUUAUAGAAUCAGUCGACAAGAAUUUAGGGAAAACAAUAGAUCUUGUAGAUAAUUGUAUACAGUGUGCACUAGGCGGCAAUGAAGAAAAUGGGGUAGUUUCUGAGCUUCAUCCCGGAAGAAAAGGAAAAAAAAUGGGCGACAGUUCAUUAAAAAAAUUUGAUGGUUUUUUUGGAUGGAAGUUUGGUGGUGGAAAGGCUGGUAAAGUUGAAAGCUCUGGCCAGGUGAAAUCGCACGAUGCAGAAGAAGUGAAGAAUCAGAAACCAGCAAACAUCUUAGUCAGUCCUUUUGAAAAUAGAAAUGUAAACUCUGCACCAAAUCAAGAUUUUGAAAAUAAUAGUGCGUCUACAUUGAACAAUCCUAUGGAUAACGCUGUUCCAGUACGAGAUAGGGCCGAAAAUGAUAGUUCUUUUCAUGGGAUUGGUAUGGAAGAUAUGUUAGUUGAAAAUGACAAGACAAAUCUGGGUGAGUUAUACGGUCCCGCAGUUUCGGACCAGAAAAAUUACAGUCACCGGAAAAAGACGUCAAAAUUCUCGAACAACCAACAAAUACAUGUGAAAGAUUAUCUGGAUGAAACUGAAACGGUCUCAUCACACUAUGACUCGUCCAGUUCUGUUGAUUUUAGCGUCAGUAUGAAUCGCAGCCAGCGGAAAAGUGAGACGCUGAACAGAAAUUAUUUGCAUUUAGAAAUCACAGAAGAGGACAAACAAGUGUACCGAAGGAACUUUUACACAAAGGAGAAUUUCGGUCCUGAAAAGAGGCCAUCAUUUGCUAAUAAUCAGGAAUCCACAAAUGAUUGCAUUAUUGGGCCUUCUCAAUCUUCGAUGCUCGGUACUGAUUUAGAAUUCAAUAGGUAUCUUUCAGAAGCUAAUAAUCUUUUGAAAGAAGCAAAAGGGUGUUUGACACAAGAAAUUGACAUGAGUAGAGCAGACGUUGUACUGCAAAAGUCGGCAUUACUACUCUCGAAAGCAAUUGAUAUGAGGCCAAUGAGCCUAUUGGCCGUAGGCCAGCUGGGGAACACGUAUCUGCUUCACGGAGAAUUGAAACUCACAACGAGUAGAGAGUUGAGAUCCCUACUUGUGAGAAGUGAUCACUUUCUUGAUGGGGAGUUGGGGAAAGUUCUAAAAAAGCUUGAGGAUCAAUUUAACGACAGGGAUGAGAUCACAUCAGCUCUUGUGAACGUUUGUGAAGAAUGUGAAGAGCUACUUGUGAAGGCAGGGAGGAAGUACAAACUGGCCUUGUCAAUUGAUGGGAAUGAUAUGAGGUCGAUGUAUAAUUGGGGCCUUGCGCUUACCUUUCGUGCGCAGUUGAUUGCGGAUAUUGGGCCAAGCGCAGCUCGUGAUGCGGACAAAAUCUUCUUGGCUGCCAUUGACAAAUUCGAUGCCAUGAUGUCCAAAAGCAAUGUUUAUGCUCCUGAUGCUCUUUUCAGAUGGGGAGCAGCAUUACAGCACAGGUCACAGCUAAGGCCAAGUCGAAGCAGAGAAAAGGUGAAGUUGUUGCAGCAAGCCAAACAGUUAUACGAAGAUGCACUUCUUAUGGACUCUGAUAACCGACCCGUGAGAGAGGCACUAUCGUUGUGCAUGUCCGAGUUAGACUACUGGUACAGAUAG